AUGUCUCUCAGCCAGAUUGUGGAACUGGCCAGAGAGCACCGUCACCACCACCAUGAUCAUAAUCACGAGGACGAGGAUUCCCUGGACAAUUCGGGAGACAAUUCCACUCCGCGACUUGGCCAGAAUGACCAGGGGACGCACUCUACCAAGAGGAACAGCACUCAAUUCAAGAGUCCCCCAACAACACCCUCCAUGAGGACGGGCCCUCCCCGCUCUUUAUCAUACACUUAUAGCCUUCCUAAUUCACCUGCGACUUCGCGCAAUAAUAGCAAGAUGGUCGAGCAAUCGGAGCCCCGCGACAUCCUUUCAAACGGUGUCGAAGAAGAGGGCCAGUAUUUCCCGUUUACCCGGAGGGAGGAGUUUCGUGGCGUCCUCGAAUACACCGCGAGUUCCGAACAGAGCGACCGUAAAGGCAAGAAGAGGGAUAGUCGUAUCAAUGACGAAAGCUGGAAUCCAAUGAGGUGGUUCUCGGAGUCCCCUAAAGAAGAGAAGCCUGCGUUCAUUUCGGACGAGGAGGCUAAGGCUGCGGAGGGGAAGGCUGCGGAGGAUGGCCAGGCGAAAGGGGAUGGACAGUCGAAGGCAAGAGACGUCGAGGACCCUGGCGCUGCCAGCGAAGGGGAAGCAUUGGCAAGUCCUUCCUCCACAAAGUUUGCAUCCAGGUUGCGUCGCGCCUCAUCCGUUCCACACUCCCCACAAGACAAACCCAAACCUGGACUCGCCAAUUGGGGCCGCCUCAAAUCGCUCCUACCUAAUGUCGUUUCAGACAAGCACCAUCCAGCUCGGACACCAGGGCCUUCUGCCGUAACGCAUCACUCAGUCAACAUCACGGAUGAGCUGAUUACCGGUGGGCUCUCAACGCUGAUGCUGAGGUUGUGGUUUGAGCGCGACGAGAAAGACCAUAGACGUGUUCCCGUAUUGUUGCACCGAUUGCGAAUACGCGUCAGUGAUAGCUUACACCCCUUACAUGGAAACAAGUCUGUCUAUAGGAUCGAAUGCGAGUAUGCAAAUGGCGCUGCGCGAUGGGUUGUGCAUCGUAGGCUGCAAGACUUCAUCUCCCUGCACUAUCACUAUGCGUUCUCGAACGCGUACAAUCGGAAUGUCGAAAACCUUCCUGAGUUUCCGCGCACAAGUCUUCCGUAUUUCAAGUUUCUAAAGAGGGAGAGCCGUGAUGGACAAGUAGGACAAGCGGACUUUGCCCGUAUGCAACGAGAGGUCCUCGAGAACUACCUCAUUGAAUUGAUCCGUGCAGUGAUGUUCCACCCUUCCGCCAACCGACUAUCUGGUUUCUUCGAAAUAAGCGCACUCUUCAUUUCUCUCGCACAAUCGGGUGGUGCGCAGUAUAAGGGGGGAUAUCUUCGGAUUGAAGAUACUGGCAACAAAGUGGGUGGGUUUGGUCGUAAAUCGGCUGGGUGGAGAGAGAAGAGGGAGCAACGGUGGUGUGUUGUGCGCGAGAGCUACCUAGUGGUCUUGCAUGAACCCGGCGAGCUUACCGUUUGGGAUGUUUUCCUCUUCGAUCAAGACUUCAAGCUCGAACGUCCGAAACGGUAUUACCGACACCCUCUGAACUUGCUUCACCAAGAUGGCGAAGGCCAUCUCAAGCCACCCGAUGCGUAUCCACGUCCUCAUGCACAGUCGGAGGUUGACAAUAAAUCGGUAGUAGCGUCGAUCAAAAGCAAGUUCUCGAGGGUGCUCUCCCUUGGGCGCAAGCAGAAGCAUCCGCCCAUGCCUAAUGGGAACGGGCACGGUAUCCAUGAAGCACAGGAAGAUUCCGACGACAGAUCCAUUACCUCGUCUGAUGUGUCGUCUAACGUGCCCGCGCCAAUGCUGGAUCCGUCAACGAAUGUGAACCCGCUAGGCCCGCCGGAGGCUGACGAAGAAGGGACGCCGCGGGCGAGAACGCCGGCCGGGCAGAAGAAGAAGAAGGCGACGGCGGCAGACGUGUCCAAACAUACGUUCUUCAUUGAGAAUUCGCAAACGAGGCUGAAGUUGUUUGCGAGGAAUGAACGACAAAUGCUGCAAUGGAUCGCGGCGUUUGAGAAGGUGAAGGCUACGUCUCACUGGACUGGAGGGAAUCGGUUCGACAGCUUCGCCCCGAUCCGCCUGAAUGUUGCUGCUCAAUGGCUAGUAGACGGGCGGGAUUACUUCUGGAACCUAUCACGAGCAAUCCUGCUGGCUAAAGAGACUAUUUACAUCCAUGAUUGGUGGCUGUCCCCAGAGUUGCAGAUGCGGCGGCCGAAUAAGGAACGCUAUCGGCUUGAUCGCCUUCUUGAGAGGAAGGCAAAAGAAGGAGUGAAGAUUUAUAUCAUUCUCUACCUAGAAGUAUCGAAUCGCACAACACCUACGGAUAGCAACUAUGCGAAGCAGAGAUUGGCUUCUCUUCAUCCGAAUGUGAUGAUCCAACGGUCGCCAUCGCAUUUCCAGACAGGAACGUUCUAUUGGGCUCAUCACGAGAAACUUUGUGUCAUUGACCAGACGAUAGCAUUUACGGGCGGUGUUGAUUUGUGCUUCGGCCGGUGGGACACCCCCCAGCAUGUGCUGGUGGACGAUAUCGACUCGGACACGGGCGCGUCGGAAAUCUGGCCAGGCAAGGAUUAUAGCAACCCGCGCGUGAUGGACUUCCAUGCGUUGAAUAAGCCCGAAGAAGACAUGUACGAUCGGUCGAAGGUUCCUCGUAUGCCUUGGCAUGAUGUUGGCAUGCAAGUUGUCGGAGAGCCGGCUCGCGAUUUGGCUCGUCACUUUGUCCAAAGGUGGAACUAUCUUCUGAGGAUCAAGAACCACUCGAGAGUCAUGCCAUUCCUCUUGCCGCCGCCAGAAUUCAAACCUGGCGAACUGGCUGCAUUAGCUUUGACCGGGACAUGUGAGAUGCAAAUUUGCCGUUCUGCAGGCCCGUGGUCCCUGGGGACGCCAGGUCGUAUUGAACAUUCUAUAGAACAUGCGUAUUUGAAGGCGAUACAACUUUCGGAACACUUCGUUUACAUUGAGAAUCAGUUCUUCAUCACUUCUACCGUCGUAAACGACGUGAAGGUAGAGAAUAGGAUAGGUGACGCUUUAGUCCACCGGAUCAUCCGUGCCCAUCGAGAAGGCACACCGUGGAAGUGCUGUAUCUUGAUACCUCUGCUUCCUGGGUUCACAUUCCCCGUUGAUCACAGCGAUGCCAGCGCGAUCCGCAUCAUACUGGAGUGUCAGAAUCGCACUCUUUCGCGGGGACCGAAUUCGAUUUUUGCCCGUCUUAGGAAGGAAGGCAUUAAUCCUGAUGACUAUAUAUCCGUGUUCUCGUUGAGAAAUUGGGCCAAGAUGCGAGGGGGCGUACUUACGACUGAGCAGGUGUACAUCCAUGGUAAAGUAUGUAUCGUUGAUGACCGUUGGGUCAUCAUCGGUAGUGCGAAUAUCAACGAACGGUCACAGCGAGGCGAUCGCGACUCUGAGCUCGCGGCAGUAAUCAGAGACACGGACCUGUUGGAUUGCACUAUGGCUGGGAAGCCCUUCAAAGUCGGCCGCUUUGCUCAUUCCCUUCGUGUGCGCUUGAUGCGAGAGCAUCUAGGCGUCGACGUCGAUGCACUGGAUGAAGACGACCUUAUGGCCAAUGAACCUGUCAAACCGGCAAAUGAACAAGACGAGUGGGAUCCAGACGAUGAACAAGAACACGGCGACGACGAAGGUGUAACUCGUGUAACAGAGUCAGAGCGGAGAACGGCUUUUGGGAACCUUGCGCAAGUCACCGGGCAAGGAAUUGGCCAGGCUGUCGGCGCCGCGGUAGAUAUCGCUUCAGAACUUCUGCGGAAAGAAGGUACGGCAUCCAAUCAAGUAGGCAACACGACAGGCGACCAGAGCCUGGACGAUGAACGACAGACCUUCAGUAGACGUGGUCAAGAAGAGCCAGGCUUCACCAGUUCCGUGGUACCGACCAUCGAAGAGCGCACCGUAAUGGAGAAGAGUCCCGCAUUCCAACAAAUGGAUUCAGACGGCGAUUCCCCGCCCCAAGCCAGAACAGAAAACGGCGAACUGUUUGGGGCUCCAGCCGGUGCCUCCAAAGAUGUUAGGACUGAUAAUGAGAUACCACAUGCUCGCUCUGGCGACACUGAUGGCGACGCGUCCGAGCAAGCAGCCCCAGCAGCCCGUGAAGCCAUCCGGAAGCACCUGGAGAGUAAACUUGACAACAAAACAUGGACGGUAAUUACGCCGCGCCCCGAGGUGAAAGUGAAUGGCUUCGAGGACCCAAUUUCGGACGCAUUUUGGAAGGAUAUUUGGGUCGCUUCGGCUUCACGGAAUACUGAAAUCUUCCGCAAAGUUUUCCAUGCCAUUCCCGAUGACAUAGUCACUACCUGGAAACAAUACAAAGAGUUUGUACUCCACCAUGAGCGACUGAACAAAGCCCCUGGCGACGACGACCUUUCUCCAGAACCAGUCGGGCGAGUACCCUCAGAAACAGGCGACGAAGGUGCUGCACCAAACCCAGACGCAGUGAACGAACUCGACUCCGGGGAUGCGCCCCGCCAAAAUAAGGAUAGCGGAGAACAGCCCUCGGAGCCCCGAGCUUCUACUAGUAACUUGGGAAACGACACGAAAGCCCGGAGACCCGCACGUGGUGCUGAGCCUUUCGAGAAGUGGGAGAGAGACGAGAUGGAGAAGCUGCUCAACGAAUUGAACGGCCAUCUAGUGGUGUUCCCGACACGAUUCCUGGAAGGCGAAGACAUCGCCAACAACUUCUUGUUCAACGCAGAUAGAUAUGUCAGCGAUUUAGCUAGUUACUCUACACACGCCAGUACUAAAGUCCUCGACACUAACAUCCCAUCGCUUAAUUCUUUGUGUGGCUGCGCGCCUAUGAUGUUAUGCGUCAAUCAUUUCGUGAGGAAGUCUCAACUUCACUUUUCUGCGUUGCGAAGAAUGGUCCGUUACAUUGAAUGCGAUGAGCUCGCCGCUCUCAUGAGAAGCGAUAAAGUCGCCAAGAAAGACUUCAUCGUCGUCGAUGUCCGUGACGACGAUCGGGUAGGCGGGCAUAUCAAACAUAGCGUGAACAUGCCGUCGGGCGAGUUCCUGAUGAAUGUGGAUAAGCUGGUGAAGGAGACGAAGGAGGUUCCGUUGCUGGUCUUUCAUUGCGCGUUAUCGCAAGUCCGGGGGCCUAAAGCAGCACGGAUCUAUGAGGAGACGAGAAAGAAUAUCCUCGAGGGCGAUGAUAUCCCACAUGAGGUAGUCAUUCUACGCGACGGAUUCACUCUCUUUCAAACUAAGUUUAAGAACGAGAAGGACCUGGUGGAGGAGUGGGACAAGGAUACUUGGGAACCUGAAUGGCGAUUCAUUGGCAAUUCAUGA